AUGGGUAACCUAGGAGACUUGUCGCCGCAGGGCAGUAUCGCGGUUGGAGUGCUCGUGGGCCUCGUGUCGACUAGCCUGCAGGCGAUCGGGCUCACACUACAGCGCAAGUCCCAUCUCAUCGAAGACGAGAAGCCACUCUAUGAGGGACGCCGACCUCCCUACAAGCGCCGGCGGUGGCAGCUGGGCAUGGGUAUGUUUGUGAUCUCCAACAUUGUGGGGAGCACCAUCCAGAUCACCACGCUGCCACUGCCGGUUCUUUCCACGCUCCAAGCGUCCGGGCUGGUGUUCAAUACGAUUUUCGCGACCCUUAUCCUCGGCGAACCGUUCACUCGCUAUUCCUUUGCCGGCACCGUCCUCGUCUGCAUCGGCGCCGUGUUGAUUGCGACCUUUGGCGCCAUCGGGGAGCCAGCGCAUACCCUAAAUCAGCUAUUAGAGCUCCUAAUGCGACGGCCAUUCCUCAUAUGGAUGGGUGGAACACUCGUGGUUGUUGGAAUUAUUCUUGUUGGUUCGAAACUGUUGAAAUACUUCAUACUACGGGGAUCGCGGGUGAAACCCGUUGCGUCUGGCCUGUUGACACCGCAUAUACAGCGGCUCCACAGCAGGAUCAGACUCUCUCGGGGUAUGUGUUAUGGAGCUGUUAGUGGAAUUCUGUCAGCUCACUCGCUCCUGCUGGCCAAGUCAGCGGUGGAGCUGCUGGUGCGUACAGUGGUAGACCGUGUGAACCAGUUCAAUCGCUGGCAGUCGUGGGUAAUUCUGUUGGGCAUGAUCUCCCUGGCACUAACACAGCUGUUCUACUUGCAUCGAGGCCUGAAACUUUGCAGUACCAGUGUGCUCUACCCAUUCGUGUUUUGCAUCUACAAUAUCAUUGCUAUCCUCGAUGGCCUGAUCUACUUCCGGCAGGCCUCUCAGCUUGCAGGUUUCCAUGCAGGCCUCAUUGCAUUGGGGACGAUCAUUCUGCUUGGCGGUGUUCUUUGCCUGUCAUGGCGCCUGGAAGAUAUUGACAACAAUGCCGGCAUCACAGCCGUGGGGCCUACACAGACUGGGCUUGGGCCAGGCAUGACGGUUGUCGAGGAACACGACACCACGUCAACCGGACUGCUGGAUGGUUUAGGGAAUGAGGAGUCCCAAAUCGGAGAACGACACCCGCUACUUCAUGGUACUCCUCGCCCUCGACACCUUUCCUCAUAUCAUCGUGCUCGAGCUCCCAGUCUCCCGCUCAUACCACCAUUCGAUCAGCAUGAAACUGCAGAUCUCAAUGCAGCCUCGAUUUGGGCAGAACUCGAUGACUCCGACUAUGACUUCGCAGAUCCGAAAUUGCGCUCUUCUAUCAUACGACCGCGGAGCUCCAGCAGCAGUGCAGCACUCAAUGGUCCUAUGCGCGGACUCUCGCGGCACUCUACCAUUGGUCCAAUCCCGUAUCAUCGUCAGCGGGGAUCUCGUCGGGCUGGUCCCUCAUUACCAGGUGGAUUACCGCACUCGUCGGGACCCUUGGCAGGGUUGAUGGGCGCUCAACGGAUGUGGCGCAACGCCUGGGGCCCUGCGACAUCCUCGCCCGGCGUGCAGACUGUCAAUGGAUACGGCACUAUCCAAGAAGACGAGAAUGCUCCUCACGAUCGCGAUGGAAUGCUUACUCCACCGCCAAGGUCCCCGUACAAUAUUCUCGCAGGUUCGAGAAGGGCUUUGAUAGGCGCGUGGCGGCACGGACGCCAGUAUCUAUUCCGAUGGACGAGUCCGCGGGCAGGUAGUCAAGACCACGCCAGUGCGCGUGCGCCGGGUGGCGCCUCUUCUCCGUUGCUACCGCGAGCUGAGGCCCGUCUUCCGUGGACACGAGAUCUAGACGACCAUCGGCCCGAGCAAGGACCCGACACGCCGUCGUCACUUUGA